AUGUUUAUUUCAUUUAGACUUUUGCCGACUAAUGCCUCUUAUGAGAUUGGAAAAAUAAGUACAUCAAAUGCAAAUUAUUAUUGGAAUAAUUUAGUUUACUAUUUUCUUUGCAUUACAGUAAUCCCUGCCUAUAUUCCUAUUUUGAUAUGUAUUUUGAAAUCAAGAAAAGUUUUGGCAACAUUUCAGACAACAUUUUACACUAUUUUAAUUCAGCAUUGCACAGUUGAUAUUUUUGCGUUGUCGUUUUAUGGAUUAAUGCGGGUAUCAUUUGUACUAAUUCCACAUAUUUUAUACGAGUUUCGAGAUUGUGGAAUUGCAGCAGUUCGGUACAAUGGCAUUUACUGGUUUAUCAAUAUUCGUUGCUAUGGAAUAACAUUAAUGACUGUUCAACGAUAUUUCGUUAUAACAAAGACUGCUGAUAGAAGUACUUUGUUUAUGCAGUCGUUGAAACCGUGGAAAAUUGUUUUAAUUUACUGGGUUCCUCCAAUUAUUUUCAGUGCAACAUUUUAUUUGAAUAUAAGAAUAACCUAUGAUUCUCCAGUGAAAAUGACGUAUAGUAUGGAUCCAAGUUAUAUCACGAGAUCAACCAGAACAGCAUUUUUCUACAUUUUGACUUGUUAUAUGAUUUGUCUGUAUCUCCACAAUCGAAUGUAA